GGCUGGGGCUGUCCGCUUUUGUUCUGCAGAAAAAGGGGGCUUGUUCUUAGCAGAUCAGCCUGCCAUUUUUAACCGGGGGUGUGUGAGCGCCGAGCGAGUGGCUUUGACACGGGAGUGGUGUGUGUGUGAUGGGAACAGAGAGAGGAGAGAAGGAGCGUCCUGUCUGCAGUCGUGCAACAACCGAGCGGAGCAGCAGCAGCAUCGAGUCACUGCGAGAGCACUGAGGAGCCCGAGCCUCACGCACACACUCACCUGAAGGAGUACCGCAGGGAUUACAAAGCAGGAGGGACAGCCUGACAGCACGGCUCAACUUAUUUAUCAAAUAUCAGAAGAAGAAAAUCCCGCAGCGCCCUUUUCCAAAACUUAACGCACAGCUUCGCUUCUGCAAGUGCACUUAGACUCUGCGCAGCCUUCUGACAGACACACACAGCCUGUGUUUGGAUGAGAAACUCUUAAUAAUCACACACGUUCAGACGUUUGAGUGAAGCCCAGCUCGUCUCUGAUGGAUUUGAUAAAGAAUGUGUCCGCCGUGCGCGCGUGAGCCUCCCUGUCAGCACCUCUGACCUGUCUGUGUGGAUUUCGGCUGAAAAUCUUUGGACCUGAUUGUUUGACUGAGAUCAUCUUUGGACUCUGCAGCUCUGAUCAGAAUCAAAGUGGAAGAGCUUUCCACCUCCAUCCAUCAUGCGACCCAUCCCAUCCAGACUCAGCUAUCUGUUUCUACACUUAUUUGCAUUCUGCUACUAUGCUCAGGUAACCAAUCAGUCCCCGCCUAAUUUCACGCAGCAUGUAAGCGAGCAGAGCAAAGUGACGGACCGCGUGAGCCGCAGGUUGAUCCGGAUCUACCAGCUGUACAGCCGGACCAGCGGCAAACAUGUGCAGGUCCUGCCCAACAAGAAGAUCAACGCCAUGGCCGACGAUGGAGAUGUGCAUGCUAAACUCAUCGUGGAGACGGACACGUUUGGGAGCCGUGUGCGCAUCAAGGGAGCUGAGACGGGCUUCUACAUCUGCAUGAACAAGAGGGGCAAGCUCAUCGGCAAGAAAAAUGGACAAGGCCGUGACUGUAUCUUCACUGAGAUUGUUCUGGAGAACAACUACACAGCGCUGAGGAACGCCCGCUACGAGAGCUGGUACAUGGCCUUCACCCGCCGCGGGCGGCCACGAAAAGGCUCACGGACGCGCCAGCACCAGCGCGAAGUCCAUUUCAUGAAGAGGCUGCCGAAGGGGCAGCAGCCCGCCCACUCGAGCAACCACCGUCCUUUCGACUUCAUCCACUACCCUUUCAAUCAAAGGACUAAACGUACGAGAUACUCGUCAGAGCGCUGAGGAGGGGGAGGAAGAUAGAAAAGACAGAGGGAAAGAGGAGAAACUGACAGACUGACUGAAUUACCAGCAGCCAAAACACUCCUCUCUCCAAAAAAGAAAAACCUCUAGAGACAUUUUUAUACUGAGCAUUACUAUAUCUUAAUGUGUAGUUUGAUUUCUAUUUUUCUCAAAGUAAAAAAAAAAUAGACAAAAAAAUAUGAGAAAUCUAUUUUUGUACUCCAGACUUAGUAUUGAUCUGUGUAAAAAAACAAAACAAAAAGAAAAGUUUGUUUUUAGAUGCACAUAACUCAUUGUCUGACUUAUCGGGGACUUCUUAGUAGAGUGUUGUUUUUGUUUUUCUUUCAUUUUGACCAGUGGAGUCAUUUUUUUUGGACUCUCGCCUGCUGCUCAAGGAGACUUGAAGGGCCCUGGUUGACCGCACUGCCAGGGAACGCUGCGUUCAGAGACACAAA